CCCUCCCGCCGGCGUCCCUACCUGCCCGCGAGGCUCGGCCGUCGGUCCGGCGGAGCUGCAGGUCGGCGGCCCCCAGUCAGCGGGCCCGCGGGGUGGGGACCGCGCCCCAGCCCCGCUUCAUCAUGUUCGGCGACUCUUACCGGUUUCCUUCAAGCACACCCCGGCGUGUAUGCACUGGGUGUGGAGAAGGCUCCUGUGUGUGCCUGAGAACUGUCCUGCCAAAGGCAGGCAGGACCUGAGGUGCCCUGCUCGCAUUGUGUCUGGCUAGGACAAGGCCCUGAUCGUUACCUUCGCCGCCGUCAUUGGGCUCACGGUGCUUCUGUUGGCCCUGAAGACCAUGAACUCAAGGAGGAGGCAACUUGCCAUCACCUUACAGAACCCCGAAACCAAGUAUCCGCUGCCCCUGAUUGAGAAAGAGCAAAUCACCCACAACACCAGGAGGUUCCGCUUUGCACUGCCCUCAACUGAACAUGUUUUGGGGCUUCCUGUAGGUAACUAUGUCCAACUCUUGGCCAACAUUGAUGGUGUCCUGGUGAUCAGAGCAUACACACCUGUGUCCAGUGAUGAUGACCAAGGCUUUGUGGACUUAAUUAUAAAGAUCUACUUCAAAAAUGUGCACCCGAAUUAUCCAGAAGGAGGGAAGAUGUCUCAAUACUUGGACAACAUGAAGAUUGGGGACACCAUUUUUUUUCGAGGGCCCACUGGGCGCCUGUUCUAUCACGGGCCAGGGAAGUUUUCAGUCAAAGCAUACAAAACGAGUAAGCCUGAAGAAAAACGAGCCAGUCACCUGGGAAUGAUCGCUGGGGGCACAGGAAUCACGCCCAUGCUGCAGCUCAUUCGCCACAUCAUCAAGAACCCGCGCGACAAGACCAGGAUGUCCCUCAUCUUCGCCAACCAGACAGAGGACGACAUCCUGAUGAGAAGGGAGCUCGAAGAAGUUGCCACAACUCACCCGGAGCAGUUCACCCUGUGGUACACCCUGGACAGGCCUCCUCUUGACUGGAGAUACAGCACGGGCUUCAUCACCGCCGACAUGAUCCAGGAGCACCUGCCCGCUCCCAGCAAGUCCACGUUCAUCCUGGUGUGCGGCCCACCACCCCUGAUCCAGACAGCCGCUCACCCGAACCUGGAGAAACUGGGCUACCCCAAGGACAUGAUCUUCACCUACUAACACCCCCUUGCUCUUAGCGAACGUCCCCGGCCCCUUCCAUCUGACUCACAGUGAGUUCAGCGUCACCACGUUCGGAAGUGCCUCAGGGCACCCUGGGGCUCACUGGAGCCCCCCUCCUUGGGGAGGGCCUAGGAAGGGAUUAAGGGGCUGGAGACGAAGUGGCCUCGGGAGCCUCCUUGCCCGGGGAGGCUCGGAGGGCUGUCAUCCUAGCACCUUUCCCCUUGGCUCAGUGAAAUAAAAGUCAGAACAAGCAGAUAGCCCAGGGAGUGUGGCUCUCAGAAGGCCCUGGCCUGCCCUCAGUGUGCACUGACCGUGUGUCCACGGGAGGGCAGAACUGGCAAAGGUGCCGGGGCAGAAUUUCAGGAGAAUCCAAGUGGGGUCAUGACAAUGCCCAGUAAUCUCUUUUGACUGGCCCCCUCCCAUCUCCACC